GCCUUCUUUGAUUCAUAGGAAAGGAAAAAUGGAGGAAUAGGAAAAUUAGAGGAUUGACAUGCCCUACCCACCUGAAUCCUAUGGAAGUAGAAAACAUAGGGUUUGGCACAACUGGGGUGUUUGAUGGGAGCAUAGGAAAAGCAUAUGAACUUAGAGCAUUAUAAUAUUAUUAUUUUGAAAGGUGUGCUUUCAAAACAGGUAGCCGUUACUCACUGAGCUAGCCGUUAGGCUACAACAGGAUAUAUAUAUACGUACGCAAGCACAACGUUUCUUCUUUACAAGCUCUCCAUUUCAUACAGCCAAGAACAUGUUACAUGCAAGUCUUUGCUGGUGAUAGCUGAAGUUUUCUCAUACUUGCUUGAUCUUCUCUCAAAUCUGAGAUGGAUCCAAGCUACAGUCGUAGAUCAAAAAGUGAGGAUGAAUUUGCUCUUUUUGUUCUUCCUACUUUAGAAGAACCCUCUCAUUCCUCAAGAAGACCUAUGCACACUUCAAUACUUACAGGUGCACGACGUGUAAACGAAAUUUUGAAUGGGCAUGAAGACCUAUGCAAAAGGCACUUCAGAAUGGAGAUUGACAUAUUUCAAGCUUUGGUUCAAAAACUGCGCGAGAAUGAUCGCCUUGUUGAUGGAAGAGAUGUCUCAGUAGAAGAACAAGUUGCUAUAUUUUUGUAUGCAUUAUCUAAGAAUGCAACAAAUGAUACUUUGGCAGAUUGGUUUCAGCAUAGUGGACAAACAAUAAGUUGCUAUUUUGGAGAAGUGCUCAAUGCAAUUACAGAACUCUAUUCUGUAUAUAUACGUCCACCUUCCCUACACCCGCAUCCAAUCUUGAGUAAACAGAAGUUCUACCCCUUUUUUAUGGACUGCAUCGGUGCUAUAGAUGGUACACAUAUUCCAUUGGAAUUACCUGUUCAUGAGCAAGAACCAUAUCGCAAUAGGAAGCAAACAUUGUCACAAAAUGUUAUGGUAGCAUGCGAUUUUGAUUUAAAGUUUGUGCAUGUACAUGCUGGUUGGGAGGGAUCAGCUUCAGAUGCAAGAGUCCUACAAGAUGCACUUAACCAUGGGUUUCAAGUACCCCCCGGAAAAUUUUACCUUGUAGAUGUUGGUUAUGCAAAUACACCACAAUUUCUGGCACCAUAUCGUGGUACUAGGUACCACCUGCAAGAACAAGGGAGAGUUCGCCAAAGGCCAAGAAAUUACAAGGAAUUAUUCAACCUACGGCAUGCACAACUCCGAAACCAUAUCGAGAGGACUAUUGAUAUAGUAAAAAUGAGAUUUCCAAUAUUGAGAGUGGCUUCACAUUACUCUGUUACCAAACAAAUUGACAUAUCAGUUGCUAGUUGUGUGCUUCACAAUUUCAUACGUUUGCAUAAUGGAGAUCUAUCUUGGCCUGAGAAUACUGCUGUGGAGAUUGACCAAGAACAAUUUGUUGAUGUGCCAAGUGGAGAUCACAAGUAUCAUAAUGACAUACAUGCAUUUAAUUACUCUAGAGAAGCUGGGAAUCAAAAGGGAGAAGAUAUAGCACAACAAAUGUGGGCACAGUAUGUAUCACAAAGAUCAUAGAAUAUGUAAUAUGUUAUCCAAGUUCAGCUACCAUUCUUGUACUUGAAAUAUGACAUGCAAGUUGUAAUACCAUUCUUGGACUUCAAA